GAACGCUGAGUCUAUUGUUAUAGACAGGUCGGUACAUUGUAACUGGUUAGAGCAAGGGUUGCGGUAAGUCAGUUUCACCAACUUAGUUACCUUCUUUCGCACCCUUACCUCUCCCCUCGCCGCCCAAGCCAUCGCCUGCCAACCCUUUCCAUCUGAUCGCAGCAAACCCAAGCACACCCACCGGUCAAAAACGAACACUUUCAUUAACACGAAUCUGUUUGGGAAAAGGGUUGAUUGCAUAUUGUAUGAAAAGCUGUUGUGGAGGAAAAAAAAGGACUCGCCCAGUCAAGCGCCAUUUAAAUCCCUGUACAGCACUUAAAUAGGAGGGAAGCUGCCGGUUAUAAUCUACAUUUCAGGAGUCCCUGAUGACGACUACUUCAAUGCGUGGUUUACAGACAUUGCUGAGCCUGGUCGUGUGAGGGAGUUGAAUAAACAACUGUUGAGCUGCAGGCAUGAAAUCAGUGGCAGCUGACAUUCUGAAGCUUAGUGAUGUCUCUGUCCAGGUUGCUCGAUGUCACCAGCAUUGGCUAAGAAAAUGGGUGACUUGACAGGUAAGAAAUGGAGAUGGCUGUCAGCAUAAAGCGCAAAUUUGAAGAGGUGGAUGGUUCGUCAUUGUGUUCUUCACCCAAGGAAUCCGAUGAUGACAUUUCCAGCAGUGACAGUGCAGACAGCUGUGACAGCGUCAACCCUCCCACCUCCAGGGAGCUGAGCCCAACUUCAAUCUUGAAGAAGCAGAAGCGGCUGAGAGUAAAGAAUGUUCGUUUUGACCAGGUCACUGUCUACUACUUCACACGCCGCCAAGGGUUCACCAGUGUGCCGAGCCAGGGAGGCAGUUCCCUGGGCAUGGCCAGGCGCCACAACUGCAUCCGCAGGUACACGCUGUGUGAGUUUGCGCAGGAGCAGGAACACCUUCACCGGGAAAUGCUCCGUGACCAUCUGAAGGAGGAGAAGCUCAACGUGCGAAAAAUGAAGUUGACAAAGAACGGUACAGUUGAGUCGGAGGAAGCCAAUGUACUCACCAUUGAUGACGUUUCUGACGAUGACAUUGAUGUGGACAGUAUUGAGGUAGAUGACUAUUUCUUUUUACAACCACUACCCACAAAAAGGCGAAGAGCUUUAUUACGUGCAUCAGGCGUCAACAGGAUUGAUACCGAGGAAAAGCAUGAGCUGCGAGCCAUUCGCUCGUCCAGGGAGGAAUGCGGGUGCGACUGUAGGUUUUACUGUGAUCCUGAAGUGUGCCCCUGUAGCAAAGCGGGAAUCAAAUGCCAGGUGGACAGGAUGUCUUUUCCCUGUGGGUGCUCCAAAGAUGGAUGCGCUAAUGCGGCUGGCCGGAUUGAAUUUAACCCCAUCCGCGUACGGACUCAUUACUUGCACACUAUCAUGAAGCUGGAACUGGAGAACAAACAGCAGGACCAUCAUCAGCAGCCAUUGCCUGCCAUUUCCCAUUGCUCCAAUGAUAGACAUACAGAAGUACAAGACUAUCAGGAAUUUACUGCAGAAAAUUAUGAUUUGGAGAAUGAAACUGCGGUCAUGCACUUACAGUCUGCUGAGGAGAUGGACAGGAAAAAGGAAGAGGAGGAUGAUUUAACCAGUUCUAGUGUAACCAUGGAUACCAGUGUAGACAGCCUUGAAGUUUGUAUAUUAGGAGAUCCUGUGGCUGGACCUGAUGAAGCCUGUGAAGGGCUAGCAACGCCUGUUGUGAUUCAAGCGGAAGUGACUCCUGUUUCUCCUGUGUUGUGUUUUGCUGCUAGCACUGUUCAAGAUAACUCAACACCUGAGGAACAGACAUAUUUAACCAACCCCACAGUGUUAUAUUAUCAAAUCGACCAGAGCUGUUCUGUAGGUGUGAACUGCAGUGAUAGGGAGGCGAAUUAUGUGGAUGCAGGAUUAGAAUCCAAUUGCAGUAAGGAAAACGCUGUCGAAAAUUUAAUUGCUGCUACCAAUUGCUCAUUGUCAUCAUACGUGUCUGUCACAGAGCACUUUUCUGAAAACACAGGAACCUCUAAAUACAGUGAUGUACAAUUUCUCUCAAUGGAAGAUGGUAAUUCCUCAGUAAAUGUUGGUUCUAAUGUAUACACUGAAAGUACUAAACAGGAGUUCCAGCUGCAUUCAAAGCUUCAAAAUGGCAUCCCCAGGGCCCCUGAUGGUGACCUUUGUACGCCUGAGCCGACUGUGGAGAAUGUGUGUUCCCAGUCUGAAGGUCAGAGGUCCCCAGAGGAAGCCCCUGCAGCAAACUCCGUAACGAUGUAAUGCAUUUUUGCAGCUAGUUUGCACAAUUUCCUCUGGCUUUUUGCUGAUUUAAAUGUCUAUUUAUUUAGGAUGUUUUUGUAGUAAAACAAAAAAAAAUUAAAAAAAAAUCUUGUAGCUGGAGACUGAAAUUAGGGCUUUAAAUUUGGCAAAGCAUGUUCAGAUCAGAAAAAAACCCCACAUCUUUCUGGUGAUGAACCUAACUGACACAGGAGAUGGAAGUAGGAAAUAAUUUUAGGAUACAGCAGUUUGACUCUGUCACAAAAACUAGAAAUUAAUGUUAAAAUGUUAACUUUUUUUAAAUGUUUAAUUUUUUUACGCUAUGACUACCCCUUUGUCGCAGAAACAUAUGCAC